AAGUACCUCAAACGCUCAGAAGUCGAAGCCCAACGAAAAGAAGCAUAUCUCGCCGAGCAGAAGGCCCUCGAAGCCGAGCGUGAAGCCAAAGUCGCCGCGAAGCGCAAGCGCGAGGAGGAGGUUGCCGCCGAGAACGCCGCCCGCGAAGAGAAGCGCCGCAAACUCGCCGAGGAGUCACGCCGGAGACGUGAAGAACAAGAGGCCGAGGAGGAGCGCGCGAGGCGGAAGCGCCUCGGCCUGCCGGAGUUGGUGAAGGCCAAGAGCGAGGAUGCUGAGGAUGGUCUCCAGGGCAGUGAGGAUGUGCCGGAAGAGGAGCUUGUCGAGAAGCUGAGAGCGCUUGGCGAGCCGGCAGUGCUAUUUGGAGAGAGCCAUACUGCAAGGGUCAGAAGAUAUCGCAAGUUGACGACGGUGGUGACAAAGGGGCCGAUACCGACAACCCUACAGCUAGUGGAGGAGAAGGAUAUGAAGGUCGACGGGACGGUACCGCAGGACAAGGAAGGUCGCCAGUGGCUCUUCCGACAACUGGCGAGUUACUUCACCAUGGUUCUGACAGAAUAUGAGCGGGCAAUGGAGUCUGAAAAGCGGGAUACGAGCGCCAGCAAGACGGCAUACAAUGCCAUGGUGCAGACUCGUGAGAAUAUGAAGCCGCUGUUUCGCAAGUUUGAGCAAGGAGAGCUCGAUGAUGACAUCCUGAAGCCUGUCAUCGAGAUCGUCCAGGCUCUUCAAGAGCGACGAUACGUGGAUGCCAACGACGGAUACCUUCGUCUGAGUAUUGGAAAGGCAGCCUGGCCUAUUGGUGUUACCAUGGUUGGUAUCCACGAGCGAAGUGCUCGAGAGAAGCUGCACGACGGUGAGAAGGGACAUGUCAUGGGCGACGAGGUCACGCGCAAGUAUCUACAGAGUAUAAAGCGGUGCCUCACCUUUGCACAAGUACGGUGGCCGCCUACGGAUCUGAGGCAGUUGAUGGGCUGA